AUUGGUUCACCGAUCGUUCGAUUUUAUAGAUGUAUAUUAUUCAGGUAUAUGUAGGGCCUUACGUGUUAAGGUCAAGAAACAACAAGGAACCUGUUUAUUAGUUUACUUACUUCUUAAUUACAUUAUUUCAUGAUAUAAUUGGCUCUUAUUAUGUAUGUGACCAAUUUUUGACACUCAACAAUUUGUGAUUGCACUUCGUCAAAUUCUGCUUCACAGAAUCGAAGUUGGAGUCAACCAGACCAAAAGGAGUUUUUGAAGUUGCUGUUAAUAUAAACUAAAGAAAGAUGGGGAAAGAUCUUGGGAAUAGUACAGAGAAACUCUCCAUCGACGGUGAAGAUGAAAACAAAGAAAGAGGGAACUGGAGUGGCAAGCUUGAUUUCUUAUUAUCGUGCAUCGGCUAUGCUGUUGGACUUGGCAACGUAUGGCGGUUUCCUUACUUGGCGUAUGAUAAUGGCGGAGGUGCCUUUCUUAUACCGUACGUGAUAAUGUUGUUGUUCUGUGGACUUCCGCUUUUCUUUAUGGAAUUGGCAGUUGCGCAGUUCUGUUCAAAAGGUGCAAUUUCAAUAUGGAUUGUGUCACCAUUAUUUACAGGACUUGGUUACGCUAUGUGCAUUAUUUCCGGUUUGGUGUGCAUCUAUUACAACGUCAUCAUAUGUUGGGCUAUAUUCUACCUCUUUGCCUCAUUCACCUCAAAGCUCCCGUGGGAGAGUUGCGGGAAUGCAUGGAAUACAGCGGCGUGUAUAGAAGGAGAAAUGGUGAUUGGUCCAGACGGGAACCUGACGAAAGCAGCAGAUAAUGUGACGUAUGAAGAAAUCUGUGCUGCCCGCAAUGCAUCAAUGAUGAUGAUGUCAAACACAACAGGAAGUCUUAAGACACCGAGCGAGGAAUAUUGGGAAAAUUUUGUUUUGGAUAUAUCACCAAGUAUCGAAGAAACUGGAACCAUUCGAUGGCAGCUAGCACUAUGUCUUCUCCUCGCUUGGGUGGUGAUAUUUCUCUGUCUUUGUAAAGGGAUCAAAUCAUCCGGCAAGGUUGUAUACUUCACUGCUACAUUUCCAUACAUCGUGCUGGUUAUCUUGUUGAUCCGAGGUGUGACUCUACCAGGAUAUUGGAAAGGCAUUGAGUAUUAUGUAACACCGAAAUGGGACCUUCUUCUAAAUGCCAAGAUUUGGGGAAAAGCUGCAGUUCAAAUAUUUUACUCGCUUGGACCUGGAUUUGGAGGUCUUCAUGCUAUGGCCAGCUACAAUAGGUUCAAAAAUAACUGCUACAGGGAUGCUGUUAUCGUUGCUCUUAUAAAUUGUGGCACGAGCGUCUUCGCAGGUUUCGUCAUAUUUAGUGUCAUAGGAUUCAUGUCCCACUCUCUCUGCGUGCCAGUAGAGGAUGUUGCAGCCUCGGGACCUGGCUUAGCGUUUGUAGCUUAUCCAGCAGGUAUAGCAAUGAUGCCUAUAGCUCCACUGUGGUCGUGUUUGUUCUUCCUCAUGUUGUUCACACUUGGUCUGGACAGUCAGUUUGCUAUGAUGGAAACAAUUAUAACUGCUGCCACUGACGAGUUCCCUAAGCUUAGGUCUAAGAAGACUUGGUUCACACUCGCCCUCUGUAUAUCUUUCUUUAUUCUUGGUCUACCAUGUGUUUGUAACUCGGGUAUGUGGUGGUUGAACCUGAUGGACUGGUAUAGCGCUGGCUUCUCUCUUAUGUUGGUGGCCUUAUUCGAAAUCGUGGCCCUUAUGUGGGUUUAUGGUAUCAACAACUUCCUGAACGAUAUCAAGAUGAUGAUAGGAUUCCGUCCAAACCCUUACUGGAUGGUCACGUGGGGUGGCCUUACAUUCCUUACAAUUCUAGGUAUCUUGGUUUACUCAUUCAUCGACUACGGGGCUGUGACGUACAAUGGUAUGGCUUAUCCAUUCUGGGGAGAGCUGCUCGGUUGGGGCAUGGUUCUAUGCUCCUUCAUAAUGAUACCUCUCUUCAUGGUAAUCAAGCUAUUUCAGCACAGGAAUGACUGUCGAUCCGUUAUACGACCUACGGAAGAGUGGGGUCCAGCCCUUCCUCGCUACAGAGCCCUCGACCCUAGAUAUUCGGGUGGUAUUCCCAUGACUAAUACAGAGUACCCUGGCCAAAAGAACCCAGGAUUUGAUGCAAUCUAAAAUACUGUAUCAAGGACAUAGACAUAUGACUAUACACGUAUACUAUGAGAAUAACUAAACAAACAAUAUCACUAUCUGCAUGAUACCCACCGUGCAUAGAUUGUGUAGACUAAUGCCUCUCUAUUUUAGUCCGGGAUUUUUGUAUGAAUCUCUAUUUUAGUACGAAUGUCUAUUUUAGUAUGAAUCUCUAUUUUAGUAUGAAGCUCUUUUGUCCAAAUUGUCAAGUUGAAUGAUGGCAAGUUUUAUUUGAAUUAUGCAUAUGAUUUCAUCUUCUCAGAAAGCACCAAAGAAUUUAAAGAUAUUUUAGUAUGUUGUAUCAUAACUUAAGCUUUAUUGUCCCAUAUUCAUUGUGUGUCGUGAAAAUUGAGCUGCAUUAUUUUCAUUGUACCUGGGGACGAGUUGUCUUCGCCGGACCAGCUUUACAACUUACAUUCAUGUAAAACAUUGAGCUACACAUUUUUUAUAUCUUAUACGUUUUGAGGUACAAUUGUAUCAUCUGAGCAGA